UCUCUCUCUCUCAAUCGCUACUCUUUGACUUCCCAUGGCCUCUCUCCCCCGAAACGACGGCGCUCCUCCGCCGCCCCCCCCGCCGCCGCCCCCGCCGCGCGUCCUCCUCCUCCGGCACCCCCACCACUUCUCCCUCAUCGACCGCCCCCUCCCCGACGGCUUCCUCUUCCUCAAGCCGUGGGAAUCCCCGCUCCCCUUCGACGACUUCCUCUCCUCCGCCGACGCCCGCGCCGCCGAGGCGAUCUACUCCUCCGGCAGGGAGCCGGUCACCGCCGACAUGCUCCGGCGGCUCCCGGAGGCCCGCCUCGUCGUCACCACCAGCGCGGGCCUCAACCACAUCGACCUGGCCGAGUGCCGGAGGCGCGGGGUCGCGAUCGCCUGCUCGGGGGACGUGUACACGGACGACGUGGCGGACUUGGCCGUCGGGCUGCUGAUCGACGUGCUGAGGAAGCUGUCGGCGAGCGACCGGUACGUGAGGCGUGGGUCGUGGAGGAGCGAGGGUGAAUUUGCGCUCGGAUCGAAGCUGGGCGGCAAGAGAGUUGGAAUUGUUGGAUUGGGGAGGAUUGGCGAGGAAGUUGCUAAAAGGCUUGAGGCCUUUGGAUGUGCCAUUUCAUAUCACUCAAGGAAGAAAAAGCCAUACGUUUCGUACACUUUCUAUCCCAAUGUCCAUGAGCUCGCCACUAACUGCGAUGCCAUUGUAAUUUGUUGUGGCCUGACUGAGAAAACCCACCACAUGAUCAAUAGGGAAGUACUAUUAGCUCUGGGGAAGGAUGGUGUGAUUGUCAACAUUGGGCGUGGACCGAUUAUUGAUGAAAAGGAAAUGGUGCAACUUCUAGUCCAGGGAGAGCUUGGAGGCGCUGGCUUAGAUGUGUUUGAGAAUGAGCCCAGUGUUCCUGAAGAGCUCCUCACUCUUGAUAAUGUCGUGUUAUCACCGCAUAGAGCUGUCUAUACACCGGAAACCUUAUCAAAUUUAUGCGAUCUCGUUGUUGGGAACUUGGAAGCUUUCUUUUCAAAUAAGCCCUUGCUUUCUCCUGUUACCACCGCUAAACUCGAUUCAGUUGGCUUUUCCUGAAGCAGUCUUUCUACGAACUUUGCUCUCAAUAUGUGUGCCUUGAGGGCAUUUGUUUUGCAUCACUACAAGCAUGUUUGGUGUGGCUAACCAAACUCUUCGUGGCCAUGGGAUGGUAAUAAUACGAUCAUCUUGAAAAGGAGCCAACCAGCUGUCUAUUAUAUUCUUCCCUGUGAUGGUUUCAUCCUGUUGGAUUUGUUGUUAAUCCUUUCUGAAAUUGGCGAAAGCCAACUGAUUGUAUGAUAAUCUGUCUGGUGCUACGAAGAAGCCGAGGAAGGAAAUAGAGGGGAGAAUGAUGAUACUGGGUAGGGCUUGUUUUAACUGUCACGUUUGUCAUUGGGUGCAAGACUCCAGAAUGGGGACUUGUUGAUCACUGAACACUUCUCCAUGAAAUUGAAAAUAGAUGAUCAGAUCUUGUGUUGUGUAUGUAGCUCUAGUUCUCUAAUGUUGAUGUCCUGGAACUUCUGUAAUAUUGCGUUUUCUUUGGUGGCAAAUAUGUUCUGAAAAGUUUGCACUUCAGGAGGAAA